GCAGUUUUCAAGUUUUCAGGAAGAAUUUUCAACAAAGCGAAAGUUUCCCGGCUGUGACAGGAAGACUUUUUUUCAUCUUUAAAUUUUCUGACACGCAUUUUUGUGGAGGAAAAAAAUGGAAAACGGUGACGCUCAAGUCAGUUUGGAUGGUGAAUCUUUUGAUUUAUGGAGAUUUAUAAAACAGACUGUUUUGCGCUUCCUGAGCUGGGUAUUUGCCAUUGUGGUAUUUGGAACAAUCUCAGACCAAGGCUACUAUAACCCCAUGAGUAAAGAAAACGCGACCUGCAUGUUUAACAACAAUGAAUGCGCCUGCGGCUACGCGGUGGGAAUUGGAGUCCUGGCCUUCGUGGCUUGUGUUGUGAUUCCCGUACUGGACAUCAUCGCUUCAAAGUUCUGUAGUGCCGAAGCGAAAAAACGCGUUGUUAUAGGAGACCUGGCCUCCUCCACGGCGGGGACAUUUCUGUGGUUCAUCUGCUUCUGUGUCUUGGCAAACCAGUGGGCAAGAACUAAUUCUAAAAAUGUCAUGGUUGAUGCUGCCCGAGUUGCCAUCGCCUUCUCCUUCUUCUCAAUCAUCACCUGGGCUGUUUUGGCCUGCCUUGCAUAUGGAAGGUAUAACCAAAGACUGAACAUCAGCGAGUGGCUGACUGCUCUAUUUUCCAGAAUCAUGGGAAAGUCAGCAUAAGAAGAAAAAAAAAACCCAAAAAAAACACUUAAAAUGUUCUCUCUCCCGAUUGUUUCAUCCACAAUCGCUCAUCCAGUUUAUUUCAAACACUUUCAGUCAGUGAGAAACUAAAUGCAAGAAAACUCUCUCUUUGAUUAUUAAGUAAAUCUGGAUAGAAAAAGUUCUGCUCCUCAGGGUUUGUAUCAGUUGUCCACAUGUAAGUCUUUUAGAGGACAUUUGUAAAUUGUACUACAGAAAAUAAUGUGUGCUAAUAACACAACAGGCUCUGGUUUAGUCACGGAUGAAACAAGCAAGCUUUGUUGUGUUUUUGUUCUCUGACAAAAUCACACGUUAAUUGCUUCACAGAGAACUAUAAUUAGAAAUAAAUACAAAAUAAACUUACUCAUAGUCGACAUCGGUUUCACAAAUGCUGACAUUGUGUGCCAUGGUGUUUAAUGAUCACAAGGUCCAGUCUGGUUGCUCUUCAUCAACUGUGCAGUGGAGCAGUGCUGCAGCGUGUGUCUGAAAAUAAACUGCCUGUGAAUGAGUACCACUAAUGUGUUUCCCCGCAGUGCCAACUCACUUGUUUGAUAAAUUCACUGUGUUGCUUUGCAUGUGACAUCCUGUCCACAACCUUCAUCACAGCUACUGAUGCAUCAACAGCUU